CUCCUCCAGCGAGAUGCGGACAUAUCGGAGUUGCAAAAGGCCUACGACAAUCAGCUCGCAGAAGAGCGUCGAAAGUGGGCAGCACGGGUGGCGGAAUCUCAUCAGAAAUUUUCCAAAGAGUUUGAUCAGCAACAGAUUGAUCACGAAUCUCAAAUUAUGGAGCUCAAGCGUCAUAAUGCGACUCGUAUUGCAGACUUGGAAAACUGCCUCAAAUCUACGGAACUUGAGUUCUCAGUACAAACUCCCUCCUUGCUUGAGGAUGAAGCUCCUGUCUCUAAAGAGGGGACUUUACGAAGUUUUAAUUUUGAUGAUAUUCCUAUAUCCAUGACGCGUUCCUGUUGCACACCUCAAGCAAAGACGACUUACCCCGUCUUCCUCUCACCUGCUCUCACCUAUCCGGACUCUACUCAAGCGAAACAGCUAGCCAGCAAGUCCCAAACUUUAGAGUCGACAAUUGACUCCGCGUUGCAGGAGGAAAUCGAAAGUCUCAAGGCAGUACUUGAGUUGAAAUCUGCAGAGGCAGCGGAUCUGCGCCAAAAAACGAUGCAACUGGAAGAGGAGCUAGCAACCAUAAAAGAAACGAAUAAAGAAAUCAAGGAACUGCAAAAUCGGAAUGAAAAUCUGGAAGCCCUUCUGGAGUUACGUGCUGCGAGUCAGAAACAGUUGCAAGACCGUGUGCAAAGUAUGUUCCAUAACCUGGAAAAGGAGAUAAAGAAUAAAAAGAAGCUCAAAGCGGAAUGCGAAUCACUUCGAUUCAAAUUACUUGAUGCCCAUCACAAAAUUGACCAACUAAAUGCAGCGAACGCCAGUGAAGACGAUAACUUUGACAUGACUGAUCCUCUUUGCAUGUCCAGAUCACUUUACUCUGAUCCUCGUACGAGCAAUCCCGUGGCGGGGGCAAGCAGUCGAAGUCCACGGCCAAUUUCAGGAACGCCAAAUUCCCCCGCCGACGUAGAUGAUUGUCUGCCAGCAGGCUCUUUCAUCUCACUGGACACUAGACCUACUAGCAGUUCCACGCGGCUGCGUCGAGGAUUACAGCAUGACCGCAGCAAGAGGCGCACUUUGGCCACCUCUGCAGAACUGGAGCAUCAUACUCGACAUUAA